GCGCUGUAAAUAGUUGGGAAAAUGAAUUUUUUCGUUAUUGGAUUUCUGAUCAUGCAGGCGGCAAGAUUGGCUUGCGGGACGUGCGUUUUUAUGUCCGAUUUUGGUUUCACCCUCGAUUGUAACUUCAAAAAGUCUGGACUGUUUCGUGUUCGAAAUUUGGGUGGCGUCAAGGCGCAUUUCGGUUUAGGUCUUAGUGUGGGCGAUGAGUUGGGCUUCAAAGAAUCGCUGGGUAAUGUGGAGAGCGAUCGCAGACGCGCCAUAAGCUACAGGAACGGAGCACCAGAAUUGGUGGGCGUGCUGCCCUCUGCGCGGCAGCAGGAGGCCAGUGCACCCGUGCAGCAUGCUCUGCCGGACAAACGAAUUAGUUCACGCUCCACGGGACCCGGACCCUAUAAUCUGCAGUUGCUGCAGCAGGCGGUGGCCAAGAGUCAAGCACAGCAGCAGGCACAGCUUAUGACAGAGGCGCGCCCGCUGCCCUUGGGCGUGCCUGCCUUCCGGCCUAUACCACAAAAGGCCACGGCCAACGAGCCAUUGGCCACGUCGCCGGUGGGCGCCCAGCGUCGCUUAGCCGUGGACACGACGCAGCCACGAGUUAGUGUCAACAAUAAACUGGUGGAAAGCCAUGUAAAACCGCACUCCAAUCGCACGUUCCAUGCGGACAAUCCGAUGGUGGCGCAGCCGAUUCAUUCGCAACCGGUGGCAGUGCCCGUUUUCCAGGCCAUGCCCGAGUCCAUUGCACGCAUUGCCAAUGUGGGCAAGGCAGAUGUGGCGCUACCGGAGCAGCGCACACUCGCAAAGCAUCCCAAUUAUUUGCAGUUCGAGGAGCCCAAGUUUGAUUUGAAGGAUGUGACCGUUGAGGAGCUCGCCGCGGCAGCCAAUGUCACAGUCGACACCAUAAAGCACGCCAUCUAUGUGAGAGAGCAGCAGCUGAAGGCGGAGCAUCGCGCCAUGCUGGCAUCCAAGCUGCGUGAAGAAUUUAUGCGCACAUCCACCGUGAAGACAACAACGACAACAACUACGACACCAAGGCCCAGGCAACUGGCGGAGCACAAAGUAUCCAAGGUCAUGAAUGCGCCCAAGGAGUACUACCCGGUGGGCUAUGACAAGAACUUCGAUGACAACUUCAAGUCGAAAGUCGAUUUGCCGCCCACGAGCUUCUCCUGCGCCCGACAAAAGCAUUUUCCGGGCCUUUACGCGGAUACGGAUCUGGGCUGCAUGGUUUUUCAUGUGUGCGCACUCACGGACGACGGCAUGGUGCGUAAAUCGUUCCUGUGCCCGGAGAAUACGCUCUUCGAUCAGACCAUAUUGAAGUGCAAUUGGUGGUUCUAUGUCGACUGCAGCUCCAGCACCAGCGUCUACGAUUCAAAUAUACCCAUCUCGAAAAGCUAUCAGCUGAUGAAGUCGCUCACCUAUUUCUCCAAGUACAACAACCAGAAGGGCGACCAAGACGGCGACAAGGAUGAAAAUGCCGUUGACAUUGACACGCUGCGCGAGUCCAUGGAGGGUGUCUCGCGACGCCUGGAGCAGGCGAAGAAUGCGCAAACACAGCUCGAUGAGGUGGAACAGCCGUCGCAGCCAAAGGCCGAACAUGAGCAUGUUGUGCCCGAGGGCGAGAGCCAGCAGCAGUUGUCCAACUAGGCUAAGACCAUAUUUAGUUGCUAUCUGAGAUCUAGGUUAAGUUAAGUUCAAGAUCGAGCGUCUCUGGUCGAUUUGCCGUACAUAGUCAAUGUCUUGCGAAAGCCAACGGUUGUAUGUAGUCUCUGGCCAAUCAUUAAUCCUCAUUUCCUAUGGCAGCGCCUGGUCCUGGGCGCGCUCCUAGCUGUAGUCCCUACCCCACAUAGCUAUCAUUAAGUGGAUCAUUUCUAGCUUAUUUAACUACGUAAUCUAGUGCAAUUCUAAGUGUUUGUGUGACUUGUGCGGUUAGUUUUACGUUCAUAAUACUAUUUAUUUA